AUGUUGCUGUCCAGGACUUUGUUAGUAUGGCUGCUGCCUACAGCUGUUGUGACGGCUGCGCCUAGUACCGGGUCUCAGGGCUACGUCCCUCGCACGCUCGACGACUCGAUCAAGGCGCUGGGCCUGGAAAAUGUGGUGAAGCAGUUUCUGUCUCCCAAGCAGAAGAGGCAGAACCCAACCAGGGCCUGUACUGCCGUGUGCAAUGCUCUCCGGUUUUCCAUGCCAUCUGAUGUAUACUUCCCUGGCUCUUCCCCGUAUAGUGAUAGCAAGAACAGCUAUUGGGCGCAACAGCAGUCAUCUGUGUCUCCUGCUUGCUUUCUAGCAGCAAAGAACACCCAUUCAGUAGCCGUCGCGCUUAUUCUAUCACAAGUAGCACGCUGUCCCUUUGCCCUUCGUUCUGGAGGCCAUUCAGAUGUUCCUGGUGCCUCCAACAGUAUUCAGGGGGUUUCAAUUGAUCUCCGGGCCUUCAAUAAGAUCUCCCUAUCAGCUGACAAGAAGGUUGCCACCAUUGGGACUGGUGCUAAGUGGGCUGAAGUCUUCCAACAGCUUGACCCUCACCAGGUGACAGUAGCUGGAGGCCGUUCUUCUGGUGUCGGCGUUGGAGGUCUGACACUUGGCGGCGGUGUCUCUUAUAUCUCCGGUUAUUCAGGACUUGCGUGCGACUCAGUGUUGAAAUUUAAGGUAAUGAUGGCAGAUGGUCAAAUUUUGGAAGUAGAUCAGCACUCCCAUCCGUAUCUUUAUUUUGCACUGCGAGGUGGUGGGAAUAACUUUGGGGUCGUCCUCCAAUUCGAAUUCGAAACCUACCCGGUUGGUCAGGUGUGGGGUGGGUUUCGUGUGUAUCCCGUCGAAACCACCAAAGAUGCUAUCAAUCGUGGACUUACCUCAUACAACGAAAACCCACCGGAUAGAGAUUUCUCUAUUAUCAACGGCGUCCUGGCCCAUAAUGGUAGCUUCCUCGCCACGCUGAUCAUGAGUAACGCGAAGCCCCAAACCCCCUCUGCCCUUGAAUUGAAUUUCAAGGACCUUCUCAAAUUCAAACCAUUGCGGGAUACAACUCGUAUCACGACCAUCCGAAACCUGACACUUGAGGUAGGCCAAAGUACGCCGUCGGGCUUCCGCCAGCAAUUUACAACAGCAACAUACAGGAACAGUGCAGAGUUGCAAAACUAUAUGGUGGACAUCUUCAUGGAGGAGGUCAAAACCAUUCAAGGGAGCAUUUCUCAGCCUGAAGGCUUCCUUCCAGCAGUUGCUUUCCAGCCUGUCCCAAAAACAGUAAGCUCCCAGUUUCAGAAACGUGGUGGCAAUGCACUUGGUCUCAGCUCAAGUGAUGGGCCUCUCAUUGUGGUCAACAUUUGCUUCCAGUGGGCCUCAGCUGCGGAUGACAAACCGGUUCUGUCGGCAAUUAGACGGCUCUUGGAUCGCACCGGAGAAUGGGCAUCAACAAGGGGACUCUUGCAUCACUUUGAGUAUAUGAAUUAUGCGGCGCCGUAUCAGAAGCCCAUAACCAGCUAUGGUGCAGAGAAUGUAAGAAAAUUGCGACGAGCGCAGACAAUGUAUGACCCACGGAAGGUUUUUGAAGAAUUGCAGCCUGGCGGCUUCAAGCUCAGCAUGUAG